AUGACUGCCAUAGGGAUCAACGGUUUCGGCAGGAUCGGACGAAUGUGUCUGAGAGCUUGUCUCGAGAAUGGUUUAGACGUGAGACACAUCAACGAUCCUUACAUUGCCGCAGAUUACAUGGUGUACCUUUUCAAAUACGAUUCAACACACGGUCCGUUUGCGGGAUCAAUAUCUUGCGAAGAGUCCUCACUUGUCAUUGAAGAGAGAAAAAUUUCAACGUCUCAGGAAAAGGUGCCCAGUAAAAUUGGAUGGAAUGACUUUGGUGUUAAGUUCGUGAUCGAGGCUACGGGGAUAUUUACAACUCUUGAUAAAGCCAGUCUGCACAUCGACGGUGGUGCGAAGAGAGUCCUGAUAACUGCCCCCUCUGUUGACGUCCCAAUGUACGUCUUCGGGGUUAAUCACGAAUGUUACAACCCAACAAUGGGAAAUAUUGUCUCAACUGCAUCCUGCACUACCAACUGUGCUGCGCCAAUUGUUAAAGUGAUGAAUGACAAUUUUGAAAUCAUUGAAGCUAUGAUCACCUCCAUACACGCUAUUACGGCUACGCAGAGGACGUUGGACGGACCCACUGGCAAGCUGUGGAGGGACGGCCGUAGCUGUUGCCAGAAUAUCAUUCCCACAUCAACCGGCGCUGCUAAGUCCUUGGCGAAGGUCAUUCCGGAACUUAAGGAUAAAAUAUCAGCGAUCGCAUUCCGCGUACCCGUUGCGAAUGUUUCUGUGUGUGAUAUUACUUUUCGGGUCUCGAAACCGACGAGUUACGACGAAGUCAAAAGAGCAAUGAAGAAGGCGUCCGAAGGUGAGUUCAAGGAUAUUAUGGCCUACACCGAGGAUGACUGUGUCUCUUCGGAUUUCAAUCACACGAGAUAUUCUUGCACGUUUGAUGCUAAAGCUGGGAUCCCGCAAACGAGCACCUUCAUAAAGGUGGUCGCAUGGUACGAUAAUGAGUAUGGAUAUGCACAUCGCGUUGCGGACAUGAUUGAUUUUAUGCAGAAAAUCGACGAGGGAUAACAAACAACCCAGGGGAGAGGAAUUCAUUAGUUUGCUGAAUCCAUGCAAGUCCUUUGAUGAUUUAAUUUUGAAUUCAAUACUAAUCAUUGCUAAUUUUCUUCAUUAUAUAUUGUCAUGUACAGUUUGAAACUGAAUUAUAUUUCACUGAGAACGA